GUGUAUCACUGGAGUUCGUGCUCAGAAUCGUUGUCACUGCACUUUGUAGUAUCUGAUAUCGGCGCCAUGUCCGGUGCACCUGAAGACUUCUCCGAGCCAGGAUCAUGGGAGCCAGUGUCAGGAGGCGAGGCCCGACUGGCUUCUGAGGCCGCCUCUGGUCUCCGCAAGGUCCUGCUGGACCACGCCGUGCAAGCUGACUUAGUCGAUCAGCUCGUUUCGGAAGGGUGGGACAUCCCUGCUUUUCGGCAUGUCGUCUGUGCAGCCGCUGAUCUUGAUGCAUCCCUCUCGGAGAUGCUGCCGGAUAGCAACAUCUCGUUGCUUCAGCGCUCGAAAUUGCGCGCCGCAUGGAGCUCUCUACAGCGCCCCUUGGCAUCAGCACCCUCGGAUCCUCUGGGGGAAGUCAUGUUGCAGCCUGCUAAGGCGGCCUCGGGCUGGUCAGAAUCGUUCGCCCCCAAGCUGGAUGCAGCCAAGGUGGCAUCGCUUAAAAAGGCCUUCCUGGAGGCCUUUCCUAGUGAAAUCCUGACACCCCAGAAUACCCCAUCCCUCCGCUUGCUCAGCACUGCCGUGGAUGCCGAAGUGAAAAAGAGCUGGUCCUGGAUCCCAUGGAAGAGCCGCCUCACCCAGCAAAUGCACGAGGACUCCCUGCUGAGUAAGCCUGCCAAGCGUGCACGUAUCGAGACCUUGCAGUUAUCUGACAUCUUGUUGGAUGAGCCGCCGCAGAUCGACAUCAAUGAUACAUCCAUGGGUGUUUCCAUGGUUCGCCGUCUUCUUGAAGUUCAUGACAAUGCCCUCGCUGCGCAUCUUGCGCGCCUGAAGGCCUACUCAGCGAAGUUCCUUAAUUUUGUAUCCCAGCGGUUUCCGCCCGAGGCCCAUCUCCGCCCACCUUCGGUCCUGGAGGCCCAGCAGGCGGACAAGCGCUUGUGGACUUGCAUCUUUCAGCUUGUCGUCGAGAAAUCUUGGAAAAUGAAUGAUGCACUCUAUGAGUUCACGGAGAUCAGAGGGGACAUGGCCUCCUGGUUGCAGCCACGCCCUAAGUUCCCUGCCAACAACCCCCGCCGCCCGGGCAAUCCUCCAGGUCGCGACAACCGCCCCCCGCCCCCACCUCCGGGCCGGCGCGAUGGCAAAGGCGGCGGCAAGUUCAGGUCCACAGGAUCAUGGAGCCGCGCAACAUCGCGAGAAGGCCAACUGAUAUGCUACGCCUUUGCUGCAUCAGUCUCAGCCGGGGGUCUGCCGCCCCCCCCUCCCUUACCCGUGCAGCCUCCGCUGGAGCACAUCACGCGCUCCUCCGUUUCUGCAGACAUAGAUACAUCAUUCCCACCGAAGCCGCCAGGGCUGCCGGGCUCACCACUUCACAAGUGCUCUGCGCCCCCUGCAUCCGCGCCAACCGUCGCCUGUGCUUCGCCUUCUGCCCAACUGGCAGUUGCAUGCGCGCAAGCAGAUUUUGCGGCAGCCGAUGUGGUUUCGGUCAGCUCGGGCUCGCCUCCGGGCUCCCCACGCUCAGUGCCUCCUGUAGCUGCAGCCCCGUCUGGGCCUGGGGGCGUUGACGCCUCUGUUUCUGCCCCGCACAUUGCACCUUGUCUUUCGUCUGUGGACACAUCGGCAAUGCUUCCCGCCUUCGACUGCCUGCUGCAGUCCCUUGAGGAUGCCUCGUGGCCGCUUGCGCCCCGCCGCUCUGCUGUGGUGUCGCUGGCCGAUUCCCAUGCGGGUUACUUUAACUUUGGAGUGCAGGUCUCUGACCGGUCGGCGCUCACCUGGGUUUCACGUCUGCUUCCUGAUAUCUGUAGGGACGUCAACGCCCUGUUCAGGUCCAUCUUCCCGUCGGCGACUUGGAACAGCCUUUGCAUCUCGCGCAAUUGCACCAGCGGCAUUCAUUCGAAUCUCGCGAAUGCACCCGGCUCCCCCAACCUUUCCCUGACGCUGGGCUUCUUCUCCGGAGGCCAUCUCUGGCUCGAGGACGUGGACAAUCUUCACCUCUCUGUCUGGUCGGGCUCCUCCUGGCUUCAUGGUUGCUGCAUUGAUACUCACCGCCAGGGCCUUUCUUUCGACGGCCGCAUCAGACAUAUGACAAUGCCUUUUUCAGCCUCCCGGUGGGCUCUCACAGCUUACACUCUGCCGAAGGUUUGCUGCCCUGAGCUUGAGCUCCUGGGUUUCCCAAUUUCUGAGGAGCAAGCCUCAUCAGCCCAGACUGUUCAGCGCCCCCUUGCAAGCCCAGACGAUGCUUGGCGUGCAGAUGCCUUUCUUUCUUCUAAGCCAGGCGGUUUCCUGUUGGAACUCUGCCCUGAUCCUUUCUUCGAGUUGGGCCGGGCUGCCGCGUCCCUUCGUGGUGACGUCCUCUCGUGCUCCUCUUCGGCUCAUUCCAGCGUGAACCUGUCGCUCCCUGCAGCCCUUGAGCAAAUCUUGUUCGUGUGUGGCUCGGGCGCCGUUGCAUAUGCCGCUGCCUCGCCCAACCCUCCCAUCCCACGCCCGGGCCCCUCCAUUGCGCAAGCAUUGGCUGAGGAAGACUUCGAAUCGUUGCUUUCACGUUGUCUCCUGUGCCUUAGUGUGGUUCAUGCUGCCGGCGGCCACGGCCACCUCUGUCUUCCUUCAGAGUCCCUUUGCUGGGACUCCCCGCAAGUGCAAGGCUGGUUAUGCCAGGGCAACUGCACUCUUGUACGCAUGCUCAUGCUCCCGCUGUCUCCUGCGGGACCUCUUUCUCCCCGCUCGCGUCGUUUCAAGGCUCUGCAUCGGCGCGCGCUGCUUUCCUUCCAUGAGGCUGCUCAGCGGGUCCCGCGCAAGCUGCAUAACUCUAGGCCUUUUGCGCUGCAUGACGGAGGCGGCCGCCGCUCCUCUGCCGACUGGAGCAGUCCAUGCUCCUCGGAUUGCUUGAAGGGCCUCCGCAAGAGUUUCCUUCAGCUUUGCAUUGAUCUUCGAGCCGAUCGCCGGUUGCUUGCCAGAGCUUCCUGCCCGUCUCAGGAUCCAUUGUUUUCAUCUGGGGAAGUGGAGCAGGCUCGCGCAUGCGUUUUCUCUUCAUUGGGCAUCCCGCCUCCGCAGAAUGCCUGGUAUGUACAUCCUUUCCAGCCGAUGUGCCUCAAUGCCUUCGAGGCCCUUGCCCGCCACUGCUCUGAUCCCGACAUUCACUUGUUCCCCAACCUCCGCCUUGGCGUCCCCACGGGCUUUCAGAAUGACAUCCCGGCUUCAGGUUGCUUCUGGCCCCCCAAGAGGGAAAAGGGCCCAUGUUCGCCAUUGGCCCUGAAUCUUGAAAAUUGGAAGUCGGCGGAUGUCGACCCUUCUGUCACAUCCCGCCUUCUUCAGGAGGAGAUCGACGCGGGCUACUGUUUCCGCUUUGAAGGUACUCUUGAGGAAGCCAAGGCAAAAUGGCCACUUGGUUUAGCCCUAGGCAAGUUGGGGGUGGUUAGAGCUCCCGGCAAAUCCGAGAGAUUAGUUCUUGAUAACAGCGUUGCCGGCACAAAUUCCCAGUGCACUAUCCCUGAGCGCCAGUGUUUCCCCUCCAUCCACGACGUUGCUCAUUGUUUCCCGCUUCGUGAAAGCUCCGAUCGGCUCAUGGGCCUUUGCAUCGACAUCAAACAGGCGCAUAAGCGUUGCUUGGUUCGCGAAUCCGAGCACGGGUUACUUGGCUUCACCUGGGCGGGUGGCAUCUUUUUCUUUAGGUGCUGCCCGUUUGGGGCAGUGUUCUCACAGCACUGGUGGGGUCGUGUAGGGGGCUGUGCGCUGCGGCUGCUGCAUCAGUUGCUCUUCCUCGCGCAUUUCGGCAUGCUUUUCGUUGAUGAUUUCAUCUUCGGUCAGGCCUCCUCCAUCAUGCCCUUGUCAGGAGCGAUGAUUUGCCUUUUUCUUCAGGUUUUGGGCCUGCCGGUCAGCUGGAAAAAAUUGCAAAUUUCUUGCAGGGUUGAGUGGAUCGGUUGGAAAAAUUGUUUUUCUUCGGGGUCCAUUUCUCUUCGGGAGGAAAAGAGACUCCGCCUGCUUGAACAGACCCGCACACUUCUGCAUAGCCGCGGCCGAGUGGCUGUGAAAAGCCUUGAAGGUUUUCUGGGGCUCGCUCAGUGGGCGUGCUCGCUUUUCCCCGCCAUGCGGUCUCUGCUCCAUCCGCUUUACAAGGACCUGUGGUCCCCAGCUGCGACUAAUUUCAGUAUGGAUCCUGCCGCCUGGCCCUCCAUUAGGCAGUUUCUUGAUGCCGAACUCCGGUUUGUAGCUGCACCGCCCCACACCGCUAUUCCGGUGGGUGGGAGGCUCUUGUCUGCCAAGCAUGUUCCACUGCUCACGUUUGCAGAUCUUGCCAAGGUCGCAGUUACGCAUAAACGCCUUUGGCUGCGGGUUGAAUGCCUCUGCAGUUCCCGCCGCAAGCUCUCCGCGUGCUCUACUUGGUGCCUCCAGCUCUUCGAGCGCUGGCUGCAGCAUGUGCCUCCUCUUGUCAGCAUGCGCCCAUCCCCCCAUGCGGAUGUAGAGGCCUUCGCAGAUGCCUCUGCGCAAGGUAGCUCUUGCUGCUUAGGCGGCUUCGUUAGCUGCCCUUACUUGGGCCAGGCUUGGUUCACGGAAACAUUUUAUGUUCACGACUUCGAAGCGGCAAACAUUCCCUUUGGCAAUGAUUUGGCCAAGGAGAUAGCCAGCUGUGAAGCCCUGGCUCAGGCAGGGCUGAUUCUCGCUCUCUCGUCUCUGGCCCCCUGCUGCAGGGCCUCUCUUUGCCUUCCGUCGCUCUGCGACAACACAGGUGCCGAAGCAGGCUUGAACAAAAUGUUUUCCACUAAGCACCCCUUGGGUUUAGUCCUUGAGCACAUCGCCAUGCUUGCAUCCCUCCAUAGGGUUUCCCUUGAUGUUUCCCAUGUCCCGGGUUCUAAGAACACCAAAGCCGAUGCAUUGAGUCGCCCGUCCGAGUACGCGACUCCGGAAGACUGCCUCCCUUCACAGCGCUUACGCUUCAACCUGCUGGACAUCUGGUACCCUCGUCUCCCGUUGCGUUCCCGCGUACAAGUCCCCGAGGGCUCUCAGCCCUCCUGA